ACAGAGGCGAUAAUGCCACACGCUACCCUAAGCAACAAUAGAAGGCAACUCGGAUGCCUUCAAUUAAACCUCCACCAUGCAAAGGCUGCCUCGGCUGAACUAGCAAGGAGGUUUAACAAACAAAACUUGGAUAUAGCUCUAAUCCAAGAACCGUGGGUACGUGACAGAGUCAUUGAGGGACUCCAAGAUGUUAAUGUUCACUACCACCGAUCUCGUUGCGAUCUGGACCAAGGUGCCAACAGACAAAGGCGAGCACGAGUCCAGGCCGCAGAAAUCGUGAAUGAUGUUUAUGGUGCCGAUAUGAGGGAUAGUUUCGAUUUUGGCGAUUCCGUUCAGACACUUUUGGUGUUAAAGAAACACCUCGCAGAGGCAAGCCCGUCGUUGAAAAUGUCGAUAAAAUCACAGAAAAAAUCGAAGUUGAUGGACAGCCCAGGAGCUAAAGAUCGACGAUAA